GAGCGCUCCGCAGCAAAAGGAUGUGUGAGCAGGCAGCGCGCUACUGUAGGGACGGAGUCCACAAACUGCUGAACAAAGAACAAGCCAAACUUCGAGCCCAGGAAAGCAGCGAGCAGCCGAAACCCGUAGCCUGUCAGGACAGCGAGUCCGCGACGGCAGCGCAGUCCGGAAACAGCGGCGCCCAGCCCGGUGGAAUCGACGGGCUCGUCCGCUGGAUCGUCACCAAAAUGAGCGACAACAAGAACAUCUCCAGCCGGGAGUACGCCUCCAGCAAAGAGGAGGUGGCCGUGGCUCAGGAGCAGUUCUUUGCCCCGGAACCGCGGAGAGGCAUCUCCGUUAUUUUGGAUAUAUUCAGAAGAGCUGACAAAGAUGAUGAUGGUAAGCUGUCUCUGGAUGAGUUCCAGGCUUUCUUCUCUGAUGGCACGCUGAACGAGGAAGAGCUGGAGAAGCUGUUUCAUACCAUCGACUCUGAUAACACCAGUAAUGUUGAUACUAAGGAACUCUGUGACUACUUUGCUAAGCACAUGGGAGAUUAUGAGGGAGUGCUGGCCUCAUUGGAGACACUCAACCUUUCCAUCCUCAAAGCCAUGGACUUCACCAAAAAGGUUUAUGAGAGAGGGACCAACGUGGAGCAGUUUGUGACCCGGUUCCUGCUGAAGGAAUCAGCCAAUCAGAUCCAGUCUCUUCUGAGCUCUGUCGAGAGUGCCGUGGACGCCAUUGAUGAGCAGCACAGCCAAUCAGGUCAUCUACCUGCCAAGGUGAGUCCACGGAUGCCAGAGAAGCGUAACGAAAACUCUGUCCCUGACUACCCCCCUAACAACAGAGUCAGUGCCAGGGAGGCCGUCAGGACCAUCAACACUGCCUCAGGUGCAAUAGAGGUGAGGAAAGAAGGUCUGGAGUCUCAGAUCAACCGCCUGGCUGAACUAAUCGGACGACUGGAGAACAAGACGGUCUGGUUUGAUCUGCACCAGAGGCUAACAGACACAGAUGGCACCACCAGCGCAUCCUUGUUGCUGAUUCGUCAGGAGAUGGUGGUUUCCCAGAAGAAGCUCGGCGAGUUUUGCGAGGCUCUGAAGCAGUACUUGAAGAAUGUCUCCACUCAGAGAGACUGCUUUCAUGUGACUGCCGUGCGACUGCCUGACGGUUUAUCCUUUGUCGUGUAUGAGUUCUGGGAUGGAGAGGAGGAGUGGAAAAGGCACCUCCAGUCGGCCGCCAACAAAGCCUUUCAGCAUGUGAAGGUGGACACACUGUGCCAGCCAGAGGCCAUGUCCUCUGUAGCCGUGCCAGCCGCCUGGUGCAGCGUGAACAAGGACUAAGCAUGAAGAUAUUCAACAACACGCCAAGACUCCUGGACACUUCCCCCUUUCCUCUUGGAGCCCCCUCCCACCUAAAACCCUAGACCUGUACCCUUGCAAUUCUACCCCUCUCACAUCCCCACCUCCCCCUCCCUCCUUUAGCCCUCACAUUCCUCAACUCUUUUUGUAAGUACAUGUUUACACAGUGAAAAUGAAUGGUGUCAACUGCAGUGAAAAUUGAACAAACAGUGCAUUUUACACGGAGAGAUUACUGAAAUGCAAUCUCAACGUAGUGGUUUUAUGGAUACAGGUAUUGGAUUCUGUCAUGCUCAUGUUUCAAGUAGCUUUGAGCCACUUUAUGGUGGAGAUUGUCAUGUAGCAAGGACCCUGAAGUUGAGUUUUCAUGUAGCAGUCAGUCAGUACGUUUACAUGCACAGUUAAGUCGAACUAGGGUUAUAGCUCGAUUGGGCCAUUUAUAUGGUAGACUGUCCAUGUCCCAGUGUACAAGCACCGAGGGAGAAUCAAUUUAUGGACAAAAGUGUGUCAUACUCUUCUACCAUAGGGAGCAAUAUGCCCCAUUUCAGCUAGUUACUAUUGGACCUUUUUCUGGUUAGCAAACAGCAAAGUGGUGGUUGCAUAGGUUGUACUGUAUGUUGAACGGUGAAAACAUGGACAACUUUACAGCUCUGUGAAUUUCGUACAUGCCCAUCACUUUACUUUUGGUUAAAUUGCAAUGCACCUUAUCCUUCUAGCUUAUGGUGAUACCCGGAGGCCGAAGGUACUGCAACUUUUGCUUAGUCAUGUAAUUAUGCUGUUUGGUGCAAGGAUUGUGGAACAGGCGCAGAAUGCCUAGUCUACUUUGGGCCCAAUUGAGGUGUAUACAUACACAAGAGUUAAUCGAUCUUCAACCGCAUUAUCUAGGUGUGUUUGUCCGACUCCAAAAAAUUUGAUUUAAUACUCUUUCAGUCGCACUAACAUGUUUACAUGCAUUGUAAAAGUCUAGUUUUAGUCGGACUCGGACAUCACAAUAAAUUUGACUUUUUCUAACUGCAUGUAAACGUACUGACCAUCUUUGGGUAGUGCAUUUAUGAAUGCUGCAUUUAUUUCCUCUUUGUUAGGGUAGAAUUUACCACAGGUAGCUCAUCUUGCUGUUGUUUCAUUGUAGCUUCUCAUUUCACAUUUGCACUCACACAAAGUGUUGUACACUUCUUUGGUUUGUUUUGUUUUUUGACAUUAUUCUCACAUCAGCCAUAAACACCUUACAUUGACACGUUGAGUAUAAUGUAUGAGGACGAUAGACCUACCUAGUUGCUGGAUAAGCUUGCAAUCUCAGGAAAACUGAAUGCUUGAAUUUAGCUAGAACAGUUAGCAUCUAGCUAAUGGUUAGACUUACUUUCCCAGUCACCUGAUUCCAAGUCACUAAAAACAGUAUUCAAUGGUAAAAUCAAGAAGACCUUGCAAGCAGUCUUUUACAAGGUAAGACAGACUCUGACUUAAUGCAGGGAGGUAUCUAAUAUGAUUUAAGUUCUUCACAAAGAAAUGCUCUUUUUCAUUUCAAAUAUAAAUGGCGCUGAGAGGUUAGACUUGGGUUAUUUCCUGUACUGUCCAUUAUUAUCCUAUACACCAAUGGAAGAAAGGUAGAGUUCCUGUCAGGUAUUCCCUCAGUAUCUCAUUGGAUAACAGUCCUUACACACUCUAUCAAAGAACUAGGGCUAUGAUUGUAACAGUUCUUAAAUGCUAACAAGCAUUUUAACCAGUCCUUGAAUGUAUGAAGACACCUUUUAAGUGUAAUUUUUUGUGUUGUUUUUCAAAUUUGGACAUAGUAUUUGAAUUCAAAGUAUAAGCCUUUUAUUAAACAGGUAAAUUUGAUCCAUUUGUUUUGGUGUGUGAGACCCAAGUACACCUAUGUUUAAUGGCUACUGUGAGAGUAAUGUCUCUGAUGCUAUAGGAGCUUAUUUAGCAUGUGAAAACAAGUCCAAGCUAACUUGUGAUUCGCAGACAUGUAGCCAACCAUUAGAGUUAGGGAUUUAAACCUCAUUACAAACCUUUUAUGUCAUGAAACACUUUGGGGUCAAAUGUUGAAUCUCUACACAGUGAUAACAGGGCUGAGAUGAACAGAUAAUAUAGCUGUAGAGGGAUCAUGAGUGACUUAGAAAACAGUCUGCUGCUACUUUGAGACAGAGGAGUAGAGAGAUAAAGACAGCACCUCACUGUUCUCCAUGCAGCUAAAGUUUGUUAUAUUUUUCGCCUUCAGUAAGUGUAUUCUUUCUCUGAUUUGGCGAUGGGUAGCUUAUAGUAGUGGUGUAAGUUUAGGAGAGAUUGUACAUAUGAGAAUGUUGUUCAGUUAUGAAUAUAUUUGUAUUUAUUGACAUCUUUAGUGCUAUGGUGCAAUUUUUCCUCAGUGGAAGUGGCAGUAGCUAAUUAGGCAUUGCAGCUUCUUGUAACAGUUUAUUUGAAUCAGAAUAACUACCAUCAGAAACUUUAAAUAGAAACCCAUCUAAAUGACACUGAAUAUGAAGCCUUAAACAUCAUCACAUGGAGGAGGAGGAGGAGGAGGUUUUGAGGAGUUUUCAAAAGAUUCAUUUCUUCAUAGAAUGUGUUCUAAACUCCCAGUAAGUAGGGGAACCUCUGAGCAUUAGAUUACACAACACCAUGUCUGAGUUGCAUUGACAUUUUGAUGACACAAAGAUCGUUUCACUAUGCCAUAUCACUCGAAAAAACCCUUGAAUUUAUGAAAGUACUCCUUAUAACUAAGCAUACUGUUAGCUCCGCACCACCUUGGCAUCUAAACAUCCCUCACUACAUGCCUGAGCAGUGCGUGUGCUUAGCAGAACCACAUGCUUUUCAUUUUGUAAUGCAUUUUAACGGGUUAGAACAUCCACACGGCCCAUGUGUGCUGCACAGCUUUGCUAGAUCACAGGGUGUGGCAGUGCUGAAAUACUACAGAACCAGGCUGAAUUUGGUUCUUUGCAGAAAAAUGCUAAAAUAGAUAUGUCAUAAUUACAUAAUACCAGCAAUAAUACUUUUUUCACUACGGUUUAAUUGUCUAUAUCUUUAGACAAUAAAUUGUUUCAACACAAACUCAACGUAAAGAGGGUCAGGCUGGUUGCAGCUGCAUGUAGUCUAUGUACACAGGGACAGAGUGGAUGUUAGUUCUGUGAGGCAUGUCACAACGCAUUGUUCAGGUGUGCAGUGUCUCCCCGGCUUAACACAUGAAGAUCAGGUAUACUGUCUCCAUUCAACCCACUGAUAUAAUACAAGCAUGUCUAUAACUAUAACUGAACUGGAGCAUCAAAAGAAUCAACAGCUGGGUGGGUCUGAUCAGCUAGGUUUGGUCUAUAAAUAACUAGAACUAGACUUAGUUUUUAAGCUCUGGUAUUAAUGUCAUGUUUAGGACCAAUGACCAUGUUAUUGAAUGGAAGUUUUGAAAUUUGACAUAAGGAAUGUGGUCCACUUACCGUAAUUGAUGCUUUAACCCAUUUUAUAUUAAAGCUCCACUCUGAAUGACUACAACCCAGUGGAGGGCACUCUUAAGCAAGCAUAAGUAUCAAGGGAGUGCAUUGAGACUAGACAUUUGGCUACUAUUUAGUUUUAAUUUUUGGCCCUGAUUUCUAUUCACAAUCCAAAUUAAAUGAAGUCAAUUGAAACCUCUAAAGUACAUAAUCCAAAUUGGCAUCCUAUCUUACUGACAUAUUAUAUUUAGACAUAUUAUGUAUGUCUGGCUCGUCCUUAUUUUGAGAAGAUUUGCUUGAAAUUGAUCAGACCCACCUCUGCAUCUGCUCUGUUUCUUCUUUAUCAUAUCCAAUACUGGGGAAAAAACUGAGCUCAAUAAAACCUGCCCAAGUCCCCUCACCUAACCUUCUCACGACCAGCACCGCCAUGAGUCCACCACCGUCAAACAAUCAGACUCUCAUUCUGAAAGCACAAUGUAAAAAAAUGAGUGAAUAUUGUGACUUAUACAGUAUAUAGGAGGUUGUUGAGUAUGAUGAGAGUAUUUAGAGAUAUAUAUAGUAUUACUGUUUAUCUGUUUUGUUCCUUAUUUAUAGCUCUAUUCUUUCAAAGGUGCCAUCAUGCCAUCCAUCUUACAUUUGAGUCUAUUUUCUCUAUUUCCCUCUGUGAAUGACAGCCAGUCAGUCAUCUGCCAGUACUGUGGUAGUAGUGAGUGGGGAUCUAGCUACACUGAUACUUAUAAUGAUCCAGCACCAUUCCCUUCUUUUGGAGCGCUGUGUUGCAUUGAGCUGGGCAGGACUGUGUGGAAUGUGGACAUGUUAAACAAUGUUAAAUAUAUUAAGUACACAGAAUAUGUAUUACAGUAGGCUUAUAGAACAGGCAUGCAAAGGCGUCGCUUCUUUAUCUGUGAAAUGUAUCGAAUAAUAAUAAUAAUAAUUCAGAGUGUCUGUGAUGAAGAUACCCUGUGGAGCUGUGCUAUGGAACAAGGUGUUUACAAGUUGGCUC